AUGGCGUCUAAUAUCCUCCAGGUCCCGUUUCGGCGGUCGCACUCCGUCACGCUGUCGAAUGCCAUCACGCAAUACAUCUCCUCCAAAUAUGACCAACGCCCGGACAUGUUCGCCGAGGAUCUAUUGAUCAUCGAGCGACUGCGAAACGAAGCGAUCAAUGUCCAGGAGCCUCAUGUCAGCGGGGUCAGUCGACUGGUUACCUAUGCGGCGCAGCUGAAAUGGCUGGGUGGGAAGUUUCCGGUGGAUGUUGGGGUGGAAUUUCCGUGGUAUCCUGCGUUUGGAUUCAAUACUUCUAGACCGAUUUCGCAGAAUAAUAUCCGCUUCGAGCUUGCGAACGUUAUCUUCAACUUGGCUGCGCUGUACUCGCAGCUGGCAUUCUCCGUGAACCGCACGACAUCGGAUGGUCUCAAGCAGGCGUGCAAUUACUUCUGCCAGGCGGCUGGGGUUCUGACUCACUUGCGGUCGGAUAUCCUUCCCGAUCUGCGGACGUCGCCUCCCGAGGAUAUGGAUGAUAUGACACUGCAGAGCUUGGAGCAGCUGCUUUUGGCACAGGCUCAGGAAUGUUUCUGGCAGAAGGCUGUCAAGGACGGGCUGAAGGAUGCGUCGAUUGCUCGGUUGGCGGCCAAGGUCUCGGACUUUUAUGCAGAGGCGGGAGAUCAUGCGGUCAAGUCGAAUGCUAUCAGUCCUGAGUGGAUUCACCAUAUGACGGCUAAGCAUCAUCAUUUUGCUGCUGCUGCGCAGUACCGGCAGUCCUUGGAUUGCUUGGAGAAGCGCAAGUACGGUGAGGAGGUUGCUCGUCUGAGGGACAGCGAGGCAUGCGUCAAUGAAGCGUUGAAGGAAUCGCGCUGGAUUAACCGGACUGUGCUCGGUGAUCUGCAGGGGUUGAAGACCAGGGUGACCGAGGAUUUGAAGCGUGCUGAGAAGGAUAAUGAUAUUAUCUACCUCAAUCCGGUGCCGCCCAAGUCGGAGCUCAAGCUAAUUGACCGGGCGUCCAUGGUUGCCGCGAAGGCGCCGUCCCAGGUGACUGAUGCUAUCUCUAUGUUGGGCGAGAACGGGCCUCUGGGGCAACCGCUGUUCUCUAAACUGGUGCCGUAUGCAGUGCACAUUGCUGCCAGCAUCUACUCGGAUCGUCGGGAUCGACUGAUCAAUGAGAACAUCAUUGGGGAGUUGGAGAAUAUGACGGAUAAGCUCAGGGAUCUGUUGUCUUCUUUGAAUCUUCCAGGAUCGCUGCAGGCUUUGGAGAAACCGCUUGGACUUCCCCCGACCCUGGUUUCGCACGCAGAAGAGAUGCGCCAGCAGGACGGACUGAACCGGCUGCGCAAGUCGCUUGAGGACACGGCAAAGGUCAAGGCCAACGACAGGGCUGUAUACAACGAGGGCGUGGAGCUUCUGGCGGCGGAAAAAGCGGAAGAUGAUGCGUCGCGCCGGAAAUUCGGCACCGAUCGCUGGUCUCGAGCUUCGUCAGAGGAGGCUGCGCCAAAGUUGUACACGACGUCGCGCGAAAUCGAGGGAUACUUUACGUCGGCCCAGAGCAGUGAUAACCUGGUUGAGCAGAAGCUGAAAGACUCCGCGGCAGUGUUCCGGGUGUUGACUGGCACGAACCGUGAUCUGGAGAUGUACGUCCCUAGCAGCCGGUGGGCUGCUCUGCCGCCGGAGGUCGAGCGCGAGGUGAGCCGACUGCGGGGAUGUAUGAGCGAGGUGAGCCGUCUAGAAAGCCGGCGAAAACGGCAAGCGCAGGCAUUGAAGGACAAGGCGCGGGCGGACGAUAUUAGCCAAGCACUUAUCAAAGAGACGGCACGGCUGGAGCGCGAGUUUCCUAUGCAGGCGAUCCAGGCCAGCCAGUUCGAGGAUCUCUUCGAGGAGCAGCUGCAUCUGUAUGACACAGAUCUAGACAUGGUCACACGGGAACAGCAAGACCAAGACGAGAUCGCAGCACGGGUGCAGGAGGCCAACCGGGCGUUUACACGGGCACAUACCGGCGACGCAUCGACCAAGGAGCGCGAGCGGGCGUUGCAGGAGCUGGAGAACGGGUAUUUGAAGUACAAGGAGAUCUUGUCGAACAUCGAAGUGGGACGGAAGUUCUACAACGAUCUGGCAAAGAUUGUGGGACGCUUCCGCGACGACAGCAAGGCGUUUGUGCAUAAGCGGCGAAUGGAAGCCAGCCAGCUAGAGGGUGACAUUUCGAGUGCUGCCGCCAUGGCGUCGCUAAAUAUCUCGCGCCAGCCACAACUGCAGCCGCAACCGCAGCCUCAGCCGCAGCCAUCUUAUAACGCUCCGGCGCAGAUUCAGCAGCCUUCCUAUAAUGCUCCUCCGGCGCAGGUUCAGCAACCAUCGUACACUGCUCCUCAAGCAGCACCCAGACCCGAGCCCAUGACGGCACCGCAGCCUACGCGGGCGAAUGCGCGGCCACCGAUGACUCCGGGGAUCUGGUCACCGGAGAUGGGGAUACGGUUUGGGGGACAGUGGGAUCCGAGCAAGGGAGUGAAGUUUUCAUAA